CAGCGGGGGCGGGCCGGGAAGUGGGACGGCCCGAGCCUUCCGUGUGCCGCCUCAUCCACCGCUUGUACCUCGCUGCUACUGCACUGUAGGGCCGUACUGCCGGCGUUAGCUGCGCGAGGGGAAAGGAGGGACAGACUGAGCGUGCGUGCGCGCGGGGGGUUGUCCCCGCAGUCCCAGCAGUUCCCCUCGCGCCAGGUGGGCGGCGAGGGUCAGCUGCAGUCGGGGGAGGCCCUAGACGGCGCCAUGUCGGCAGGCGGCCCAUGCCCGGCAGGAGCCGGAGGGGGCCCAGGGGGCGCCUCCUGUGCCGUGGGGGUCUCCCCCGGCGGAGUGUCCAUGUUCCGGUGGCUGGAGGUGCUGGAGAAGGAGUUCGACAAGGCCUUCGUGGAUGUAGAUCUGCUCCUGGGCGAGAUCGAUCCGGACCAGGCGGACAUCACUUACGAGGGACGACAGAAGAUGACCAGCCUUAGCUCCUGCUUUGCACAGCUUUGCCAUAAAGCCCAGACUGUGUCCCAAAUCAACCACAAGCUAGAGGCACAGUUGGUGGAUCUGAAAUCUGAACUGACAGAGACCCAAGCUGAGAAAGUUGUACUGGAGAAAGAAGUGCAUGAUCAGCUUUUACAGCUGCACUCUAUUCAGCUUCAGCUUCAUGCCAAAACUGGUCAAAGUGUUGACUCCGGUACCAUUAAAGCAAAAUUGUCUGUCCCUUCUGUGGAGGAGCUGGAAAGAGAGCUGGAAGCAAACAAAAAAGAAAAAAUGAAAGAAGUUCAACUUGAAGCCGAAGUGAAAUUGUUGAGAAAAGAGAAUGAGGCCCUUCGCAGACAUAUAGCUGUUCUCCAGGCUGAAGUUUAUGGGGCAAGGCUGGCUGCCAAGUACCUGGACAAGGAACUGGCAGGAAGAGUCCAGCAAAUACAAUUACUAGGACGAGAUAUGAAGGGACCUGCUCAUGAUAAGCUUUGGAACCAGUUAGAAGCUGAAAUACACUUGCAUCGCCACAAGACUGUGAUCAGAGCCUGUAGAGGACGCAAUGACUUGAAACGACCAAUGCAAGCACCACCAGGCCACUUACUUUGGCAUAGUGAAGAGGAUAUAUUGGAAGAGGGCCAGAUUGGAGUCAAGGAGGAUCAAGAUUCCUUAAAGAAAAGCCAAGGGGUUGGUCCAAUUAGGAAAGUUCUCCUCCUUAAGGAAGAUCACGAAGGCCUUGGCAUUUCAAUUACAGGUGGAAAAGAACAUGGUGUUCCAAUCCUCAUCUCUGAGAUUCAUCCCGGGCAACCUGCUGAUAGAUGCGGAGGGCUGCAUGUUGGGGAUGCUAUUUUGGCAGUCAAUGGAGUUAACUUAAGGGACACAAAGCAUAAAGAAGCUGUAACCAUUCUUUCCCAGCAGAGAGGAGAGAUCGAAUUUGAAGUAGUUUAUGUGGCUCCUGAAGUGGAUUCUGACGAUGAAAAUGUAGAGUAUGAAGAUGAGAGUGGACAUCGUUACCGUUUAUACCUUGAUGAGUUAGAAGGAGGUAGUAGUCCUGGUGCUAGUUGCAAAGAUACAAGUGGGGAAAUCAAAGUGUUACAAGGAUUUAAUAAGAAGGCAGUAACUGAUGCACAUGAAAAUGGAGACCUGGGAACUUCGAGUGAAAAUCCUCUAGAUGAUAGCGCUUCGAAAUUAGAUGAUCUGCACAGUCUAUAUCAUAAAAAAUCCUAUUAAAUUGACUGUAUCUCCAGAUGAGAUUGGUAAUCAGACUAUACUGAAUUUGGGGCACUAAGGCAGAUGUUGACAAAGAUGAUACAAGGUCAAGGGAGGCUGGUUUUUACCUAAAUGAAAGGAGGGUACCUCAGGGCUUCAUGUGAACAAUUCUUAAUGCAUAAACCCCCCUGUUUUCUGUGAUACACCAUAAUUAGCUAUUGCAUGUAAAGCAGUUUUGAUUUUCUUGAAAUUGUAAGCACCAAAGCAUGUGUUUCCCAAAGGAAUAUUACUAGGCUACUGAGCACCAAAUGAAACACUACUGUUUUAUUUGGCAUGUUUUCCAUUGUAGGACAGUGCUAACUGGAAUUUUAUAAGAAAUAACCUUUAAAUACAGACAGUAAGUGAAUUCCUGUUAUAUAUUUCUGAAUGUUAACUGUGGUGUUUCAGAGGACAGAACUUUACUCAGUGAAUUGCAGAAGUGUAGGCUUAAUUUUUUUUUAACUGGAAGAAUGGUCGUAGGCUUGUUUUAAAAAAAACUUUAUUGUGCAUCCUGAUACCUAAAUCAAUUCUUAAUGAUCAUUUGUUGUAAUGAGUUUGCCUUUCCAUUUUAUUCAAUGCAGUCCAAAAUAGUUUUCUUUAAGCAAUCUUUUAUCAAUCAGUGCUGCGCUAGAAAUAGUUUCUGAAAAGUUACUGUACAUUUAACCAUCAACUGGUUUUUGAAAGAAAGAGAGAAGGGGUAAAAUAUCUGCUCUCAAUUAUGUUGAUCCAUGCAUGGUGUUGGAGCCUUUACCAUUAAUGUUCAGUCUCAAGUGCUUAUUUUCUGGGAUCCCUGAAGGUUUACACAUUGUGAGUUGUUCACAAAGUUUGUCUUGUGAUAGUACUGGCACUUAAAGAUAAAUUUUGCUAAAAGUAAAAGCUCAAAUUUAUUAGUGUGUCAUAAAAUACAUUGCAUCCAAACAGUGGUUUUCUCUCUUAGUAGCUGAUUCACCCAUGUAAAAAGCUGGGGUCAAAGGUGGGCAACAUGAGGUGAAGGCGUUUUGAUGUGGUACUUGUUCGGUUGGGUUUUCAUGUCAGUGUAUGUUUGACUAAAGCACUUUUCAUAUGCAAACUAUGAAUUUGCUAGUUCUCUUACCCCAGGAUUAAGCGUAGAGUGCCUCCUCUCUUUUUUACUGUUCUGCAGGCCCUCAUCUGCUGGGCAAAGUCAAAACCUUGCAUUUCAAGAAGUGAUAGUUUUGCUAAUAUCACCGUCUUAAAGGAUAUAUAUUGAAGGGACUUUUAAGUGGGAGAAAGCCUACCAGGCUUUUAGAAUAUUACCAGUAUCUUCAUUUGUAGCGUACAGAUGUUCUAUGAUAAAACACAUUUUCUUGUCUUUCCCAGAUGCACUAUAUAUUUGUUCAAAGGUAAAAUUUAUAAUAUGUGUAUACUUUAUUUUGUGAUUUUGCUAUUUAUAAAUGUAAUGUCUUAACUGUUGCUCAUUUGUGGUUUGUUUUGGGUGGUUUUGUUCAUCUGUAUAUCACCAUGUUAAUGUGUAAUAGAAGCGCACUUCUUAGUGUCUACUGGUACUGAUAUUAAAAUACAUUAUAACAUAACGUUGCCUCUAAGCAAAAGCUAGUAUUUAAUUGUACAAAUGAUAAGCAAGGUAUAUGUUAUUGUUUGCUCUUGAAGGGGUGGGCCUCUUAAAAGAAAAAAUUGUUCCAUAUGCAUUCGCUCAUGCCAAGCACAUAUGAGGGUUGUCCAGAAUGUAUGCGGCCACAUGUGUCUCUAUUUUUCUUACUACAUGUCUGGAUACUUUCUGGACAGCCCUUAAAUACCCCCAUGCAUGACAUGAGAUUUGUGAACUGGAUUUUAGCCACUGUAUUUGUUUAAGUCAAAAAAAUUUCCAUAUAGUGGCAGAUCUGAAAAUUUCUUUGCUUUGACAUAAAACCAUGUUAUUCUUCUUAAAAUACAACCUGGGAUGGAAUGAGCAUGACAUUUUUUUUUUCAGAGAACAUUCUUUACCUACUAUGACUGAAUCCUUAGGAAAUGUAAGCUACUACUAUGACACUUUGAUUUUUAACAACUACCUAAUAAAUGUAUUGAAAAGGGUUUUUUUUAGAACCUUGAAUUGAAAUUUUGUGAGGUUGCUAUGUUAUUUGAAGAGUUGUAUGAGAUGGUUAUCAUAGAUACUUAUCAUAUAAGUUACUUUCAAGGGCUGAUAAAAAGAAUGAAAAGUUGGGUGGCGCCUGUGGCUCAAAGGAGUAGGGUGCCAGCCCCAUAUGCAGGAGGUGGUGGGUUCAAACCCAGCCUGGGCCAAAAACUGCAAAAAAAAAAAAAAAAAAGAAUGAAAAGCUUUUCAAGUAGUUUAAAAUUCCAUAGGUCAUCUUCCUUUUCAUUCUUGCAUCACCAUGGUUUGCAGGCUUACGUGAGACACUGUUGCUCAGAUGCUACUGUGAGUUUCCCGUUAGGUUUCUAAAAUGAACUUUUUUAACUAGGUACUUUCUAACACCUAACUAAGGUGUUAGAGGAUGAACUAAAAAUUAUAGAUUUGGGGGAUGAACUAAGAAUUAUGACUUUCUAAAGGACUAAGAACGAACCAGUUUUAAUAUUUCACACUUACAGGAGAGAAACACUAAAGCUUCUAGAAUAAAACCAAACAGGAGAAAACUAUUGCAAAACCAUUCCAAUGAAAAAAGGAAAGAAAAAUACACACAUGCAUACAGAAACGGACAGUUGAGAAAAAAUUGUUAAUGGAACAUGAGGGGUUUGUGUGUGCACGUGCACGUGUGUAUUUACACUUAACCUCUAACAUUCUCUUCUGAGGUGUCUCUGUUAUCAAUGUGAUAGAAAAGAAACACUUGGGGUUAAGGGACUGUUGUCAAAAGAGGUGUAGAAAGAUGAAACUUCUGUUGGUCUUGGAAAUCAUAAUGGAAUAGUCAGCAGAAAUUAGCACAUUUUGUCCAUGGUGCUGGUUUUUCCUCACCACAGUGAACUUAUUUUGUUUUUGUGUUUAGAAAAAGAUAUACUGGUUCAUGUGUAAAUUGUACAUUAUUGGACAUCCUUUUUAUGUAGUCUUUUAUUCCCACAUAUUCAGUCUUCCUGUUAUGGUCAGCUUCAAAUCUACACCAUUUAUGACAAAUGUAUUAUGUCUAGUUGAGUUGAGUUUAAUAUUUUUUAUUAGCCUGUAAAUAAAUAAAGAUGGCAUCAUCUACACUAAAAUGAUAUUAAUCUCAUUUUUUAAUAAACAUUUUGUGCUUCUUUUACAUUAAA